AUGGAUGCCAUACUAGACGGUCUACUGGCGCCUCUGGACGUCAAGACAUCUGCUAUGAUCGAAGCGGAAAACAAUGAUCAAAUAAGGUUCGAGGCAGAGCUAGAGUUCGUGCAAUGCCUAGCGAAUCCGCACUACCUGCACUUUCUGGCCAAGGGUGGGUACUUUGAGGACCAGAGAUUCCGCGCUUAUAUCGUAUACCUUCAGUAUUUCAGGCGUCCUGAAUACAUCAAGUACAUCAAGUUCCCGUACUGCAUUCGCAUACUCGAGCUUCUGCUUGAAGACUCGUUCGUGCGAUCACUCUCCAAUAAACAGGCUAUAGAAGCCAUAGAGCAGCAAUUAGUGGCGCAUUGGAUAUGCUUCAAGUAUGACCGACACUGA